AUCAUCGACAGCUUGAGUUAGUCGUCUACUCAGGGAGAGGGAACUAUGAAGCUCUUUUUGCCAUCUCUUCUCCUCUUCGUGCUGAUCAAUGUAGUGUUCCUCCUGCAAUUGGGCUCAUGCUAUGAUCCUAUAGGCUACUCAUGCGAUACUGGUAGCUCCACUCCUUCUCAGUCUGCCAUCAACCGUGUUUUCUCGCAGCUGGUGGCGAAGGCCCCCAGCAACAACUUCGCUACUGCGAGCUACGGCAGCGGCUCUUCAGCCGUCUAUGGCCUCCUCCAGUGCCGCGGCGACGUCCCCUCCUCAGUUUGCGCACAAUGCGCUAGGGAUGCCGCUGCUCAGGCAAAGGCUCUCUGCGGAACCGUUGGCCAGGCCAGGGUCUGGUUCGAUUUCUGCUACAUUCGCUACGACACCACCAGCUUCUUCGGCCAAAUUGACACAGGCUACUCCGUGCAAUACGUGAAUGGGGACAGCCUGCCCGACGCUAAACUCUUCCGGAAGAAGGAGGAAAACUUGAUGAGGAAGGUGAGCUCCAUGGCCGUGGUUCCGGGCGGCCGUGCCAUCGGCACUGCACAGACCCAGUACAACUCAACGGUGACCAUCUACGGCCUGGCCCAGUGCACCAGGGACUUGGAGCCUGUUCUGUGUGCCAAGUGCCUGGCCACGGCUAUCUCUAACUUCCCCACGUGCUGUGACGGGAGGCAAGGAGGCCAGGUGAGCUACGGCAGCUGCGUUGCACGUUACGAGAUCUACCCGUUCUACUAUCCUUUGAUCGGCAACUCUGCCUCUUCUUCUUAUUCCACCACCGAUCACUUGAAGAGUGGCCGAGUCGUCCGCUAUGAUCCUUGAAGCCACUUCCUUCACGUUAUAAAUUACCAACAUGCAUGGUCUUAUAUGUAUCACCCACAAUCAUCCCUCAAACAAUCUCUCUCCCUUACGUUGACCAUGGUGCUUCUGUUCUCUGGGUUUUGAAUCAUGGAGCAUAGUGUAAUAAAGUUUAUGGAAAAGUUCUGGCAGUAUUGCUCUGAGCUUAGUUUAAUAAAAAUAACGAAAAGGUUCUAGUAAUAUUGUUUUUCGU